UAGACAGAAUCAGAAGUGUUGCAGUGCACCGUCGGCUUUCUCGUUCUCGGCCUUCCCUUGUCCGCGAAAGGAAAAUGCGGAAAAAUUAGAAAUUUGAGUGAGGAGUAAGAAACCCAACAUGGAAAUCAAUACUGAUGCUGUGAUACUCCUAACAAGCAGUGAAGAUGAUGAAGCAGCGAAUGAUGACAAGGAGAAGAGGAUAGCUGAGCAUUCUGAUAUCCAUGGCUUUGAGUACCUCAAAGACAUAAUUGAAGCUCGAGCUUCCAUGAGAAGGAAGAAGAGAAAGAAGAAGAAUAAGAAGAAAUGCAACCAAAACGCAGCAUUUCAAUCCCAAGAUCAAGUCAGAGUUGAUUCCGCAACAGAAGAACAGCAAUCUGGACAAGCAAAAGCUAUGGAGAUAAAGGAGGUGACAGAAACAGAAUCAGUGUUUCCACCUGGAAAUGCUGUGUCCCAAGAGAUUACUAAGGGAGAAAUGCAAGCUGAUGUAUCUGAAGCUGUGAAAACAACAAUAGUUCCAGAGACAAAAUCAGAUUCAAUAUCAAGACAAAAUUCUCGACAGAAGAUUUUUGAACAACUGGUGCAUGAGAUAACAAUACCAACUCUUCAGGUUACUCUAUCUCCCUCAAGAAAAGAAGAAAUAAAAUCACUAAAGGAAAUAGUUAGCAGUCCAAUACUUGAGGUCUCUCCAUCUCCACUACAUGAAAAAGCUUCAACCAUACAGACGACUACUCCGAUAAUUGAUGCAUCUGAACCACUGGCAGAAGCUGGACAACCGCAAACUAUGACAAGUAACCAACAGGCUAGCAAAAGACGUCGUCUAACUUUUCCCAAAAUUAGACCCCUUCCAGUGGCUCAAACCCCACCGAAUGCCCUUCCCUCCAACACAACGGAAUCAUCAAUAUCAGCUCAAAAAUUUUCAAAUAUGCAAAUGUUGUCCAAGAACUUGCUUGCUGAGCUAUCCAGCAGGGCCAAGAUCUUGAACUCUCCAUUAAACAAUGAAUGCACCGUCAGUGUAGUUCUUGGCUCUGACAUUUUACAACAACAAAGGAAAGUAAUGGCUACUUUCCUUAAUAUGUCGUUGGAGGAUAUAUACCAUGCGGAGGCCUUUGACAAUGUUGAGAGGACUGCUCUCGGACUUAUCCAACUCACUUCUAAUCCACUCGAGAGAUCAAACCUAGAGGACGUAAUUUCUCUCUUGGCACAGUUCAAAGAGGAUGUACCAAAUGCUGUAUCAUUGGCAGAGGCUGCUAGGGCCCAAAGGACAUCUCUCCCAGAGAAAACCAAAAUUCUUGAUACAAAAUUGGAUCAAUACCAAGAGCAACUCGGUUCCUUGGAAGCUGAAUUCUCUAAACUUGAAUCUGCAGCAGCUGAAAUAGAUGCUCAGAUCCAACUUUUAAUCACCAAAAAGGAGGAGCUGCUUCUUCAAAGGAACUCAGUUGCGUUGAACUUGGAAAAGACGAAUCAAGAAGCAUCUAGAGCUCUGGAAGAGUGGAGAAGCUUGGAAAAGGAAAUCAAAGAAGCGGAUGAUAAUUGGGUUCGAGCCGAUCAGAUGCUUGUUCAAUACAAUGGUGAUUGGAAGCACUUUGGAAAGAACUUUAGCCUGUAGAAAUAUUUGAGUAGUCUACUUCAGCCAGGUCAUGUAUUUUACUAUCCUUAUUAUGUGAAGCUGAACUUGUAGUAGCAAUUAUGUUGAAUGGAAAUAUAGUUUCCAUUUUUAUUUUACUAUAAUGAAAUGAAAGUAGUUGAACUUC